AUGUUCAGCCUGGGGGAGAUGGUGGUGCUCGCUGUGGCGGCUGCCUGGGUGUUUGGGCCCAACGAGCUGCCGCGCAUGGCCCGAGCGGCAGGGCGGCUGACGGGGCAGGCCACCGGCUUCCUGUACCGCACCCGCGCCCGCUUCUUCCAGUUUGCCGAGGAGACGGAGAUGACCAAGUUGCACCAGGAGGUGCAGGCCACGAUGCACCAGCUGCACGCCAUACGCAGCGAGCUGCAGGGCGGCAUCAACAUCUUCAGCCCAGGGCCGCUGGCGCAGCGUGUGAUGAGCAUCCGGCCUGUACCAGGGCAGGGCGAAGUUGAUCCUUUCCAGCAGGCACAGCAGCAGCAGUUCCAAACGCCGCAACAGCAGCAGCAGGCGCCGGCGUGGGCCGCGCCUGUUCCCUCGGGCCAACAGCAGCAGCCGCAGCACCAGCAGCGGCGGCUCCAGCCUGCGAUGGGUUCCUGGGCGGCCAGCGCACUGCCAGCAGCUGUGGCCCAGGCAGCAGGGCAGCGAUCGCAGCCGCCGCCGCAGCAGCAGCAGCAGCCGCGAGUGGAUGAGGGAGCAGGCGAGCAGCAGGCGCACCCGCUGACUGUGCCGGUGUCGGCGGUUGCGGCUGGUUUGGCGCCCGACCGCUCGGGCACAGCCCCCACUGGUUCAGAGAUCCUGCUGGAUGCGCUGGCAGAGGAGCUGCUGGCGGCGCAGGUGCUGCGCCUGCAGCAGCAGCAGAUGGCGGCGGCAGCCGCGGCAGCGCAGCGGCAGCAACAGGCAGCAACCGCGCAGCAGCAGCAGCAGCAAGAAACUUCGGAGCAGCAGGAGGCCGGGCGAGACGGCGCUGGAGACAAGCGGGAGCAGUAG